GUUUGGAAACGUGAUCCACUUGAAGGUUCCGCUUGUGACUUUUCCUUUCCUUCCGGCAUUCCAUACCAUAUGGCAUAGUCUUAUACUUCUUUGUUGGUUAAUAUUGUAACGUAAUGUUAACGAAGGAGAAGCCUGCACGAUAGUAUCAUUGGUGGAAUGCCUUCCUGGAAAACUGUCUGAUAAUACAAGCAGAAAGACUUGACUUUCAGGACAACCAACUGACACAACAGCAGCAGAGAUCCACCAUGUCCAACCAGCCCAUCCAAAAUCAGCAUGAAGAUGCCUACAUGUCCCUGAUGAGAGGCUUGAAAGAGCUGGACCUCCGUGUCCCCUGUGUUCCCAGUGACCUUGUGCUGACUGGAGACCAUGCCUUUCCUUUAGCGAUGAACAGCCGAGGCCAGGUCCUGAUGGCAGCCUCUCUGUACGGCCGUGGAAGGAUUGUGGUCCUGGGUCAUGAGGGAUACCUGACCACUUUUCCUGCUCUGGUAGAGAACGCUCUGACCUGGCUGAGAGGAGAUGGAUCUGACAACCUGUCUGUGGGGGUCCACAAUAAGGUCAAGGCAGUCGCUGAUAACCUCAGCAAAUCCAGCUUCCAAGCCAAAGUUGGGGGGGCCUUUGGUGACAGUCGGGAUGUUGGUGUGUAUGUGACAGAUGCCUACAGCGUGGGUGGAGAAGUGAAAGAUCUUUUGGCAUUUCUGAAAGCUGGAGGUGGAAUUCUGAUAGCAGGGCAGGCGUGGAAUUGGGCUUCAAUGCACCCGAAGGAGAACACACUGCUUCAGUUUGAGGGGAAUAAGGUGUGUGGUGUAACAGGGAUUUACUUCUCUAAGCAUCAGGCUGAGACAGAGUGCCUGCCUGUCUACCCUCAGAUCCCAUCCUCCUGGAUGGCUGUCGUAAUCGGAAAGGAUUUUGAGGACGACUUGGAGUUCUUACUUGAGGGGGUUUCGGAGUUUGACAUCCAGGGUCCAUCAAUAGCUUCUGAGAUUCUGGUUCAUGGCUCGCUCGCCUUUCCUAUUGGAACCAACGCCAAUGGACAGACGUUCCUCGCAGGAGCCUACUAUGGGCAGGGACGGGUCAUUGUGGUUUCACAUGAAGGAUUUCUGAGACGAGAGACACUGGCUCCAUUUUGGAACAAUGCCAUUCAUUGGCUGGAUGAAGGCCGGCAGGGGGUCGUUGGUGUUGCAAAUAAUGCCCCCAAACCUCUCGGCAUAUCAGGGUUAAAGUGUGAGAAGACAGACUUCAGGGACGACCUGAGUGUAUUUGUCUGCACAGCGUACAGUGAUAAUCAUAUGGAGGAAAUCCGAGACUUUGUGGCGGAGGGAGGAGGCCUACUGAUUGGCGGACAUGCCUGGUACUGGGCACAGUCACACCCAGGGAAAAACGAAGUAACAGAUUUCCCAGGGAACCAUAUCCUGAACACAAUGGGCUUGAGCCUGUUGAGAGAAACAAUCCCUGGAGGUUUACACAAGGCCCCCGUGCCUAACCAGGCCAUCAAAGACACCUACCACUUCCGCCACCUUCUUCACCGCUUCGCUUGUCAUGUAUCCCAAGGCGAAAAGCUUAGCAAACAUGAGGAGGAACACCUUAAAAAGCUGGGCAAGGACUGUGCAUCCUACUUGAAGAUGAAGGCUCACAACUGCUCGUCCUAUACACAGGUCGUGUCCACCCUCACCGAUAUCGUGAUGAAGUCAGGCAUGCCUCAGGUGUGUGAGAGCUGCCCUGUGACUAGUCCCAAAGACCACCUCCUCAUCAUUGUGGCGCCAGAGGUAUAUAAGGUUUGCCCAAAUCCUGAUGCUCUCCUGCCCUACCUCAUCCAACAUAACCCCUUGAUGCCAGUUGUCUAUAACCACAAAAUCAACAUAAAUGUUAACACAGCGGGAGGGGAGGAGUGGAUCAGUACAGGUCUGUAUCUCUCUCCUGGUAUGAAGACCUACAUGGCCCUGCCAGCAGAGAUUGUCAACAAAGAAUGGAAGAUCCAGAUAGGCUGUCAAACAGACUCUCUGAAAAAUGCAGAGUUAAAGAGAGCACCAAGUGUUCAUGAGCGAUUUCCUGUAACCUCACAAAUGAUGCAGGUGUGGAACCUGUGGGGGGGGCUCAUUUACCUUGUGGCUCCACCCAAAACACAAGUAGAGGGGCUAGAGGUCACAGUACAGAUGGCUGUACCUGCGCCAUAUUAUAAAUCUGGUGAGACAACACCAGCUGCUUGGUCGUUGCUGCGCACAGCUCCCUCACCCUGGGCAGAGUUGGAGUUUGACAACAUCAUCCUCACUGUACCAUCAGAUGUUGUUCGAGAGCUGGAGCGCCCUGAUGAGUUGGCAGCUCUGUGGGAUGACAUCAUGAAGGCCAUUGCAGAUCUGGCUGUCAUUCCACACAAAUUUCCUCGCAAAGAACGCUUUGUAACAGAUGUGCAGAUUUCCCAUGGUUGGAUGCAUGCAGGUUAUCCUAUCAUGACACACAGGUCCACGGCAGCUGAGAUGGUCAGCACUGACAAUAUUCGGACUAAAGGCCUGUGGGGGCCCAUUCAUGAAAUGGGACACAACCAACAGAGAAGCUGCUGGGAGUUCCGACCACACACCACAGAGUGUACAUGCAAUCUGUGGUCAGUGUAUGUGCAUGAAGAGGUGCUGGGGAUCAACAGGGAAAAGGCUCACCCAGCGAUGACUUUAGAAAAGAGAAACGGUCGAGCUAAGGAGUAUGCAAAGGGGGGCAAUAAACUCAGCAGCUGGAGCAUGUGGGUGGCCCUGGAGACAUACAUGCAGCUCCAAGAUAAGUUUGGCUGGGAUGCCUUUAAGAAGGUAUUUGCUGCCUACCACAAGAUGAGCAACUUUCCCAACGACAACGAUGGGAAGAUGAACCUGUAUGCUGAGACUUUCUCCCAGACUGUGGGGAUGAACCUGUGUGGAUUCUUUAAGGCCUGGGGCUGGCCCAUUGAAAGAGCCACUGAGGAGAAACUCUACAACCUGCCUCCCUGGACUGACCACCCCAUGGUCCAAUAUGGCUGAACUUCAGACUGCAGCUGAUUAAAAUGCAGAGAGAUGGGGUGUUAGUUUAUCAACACCGUCAAAGUAAAAGCAUAUCAAUAUUCUUUAUAACAAACUAAAAAUAUUUACAUUACACUUCUAAUUCUAAAUCCUCGUUCCUUUAAAACAGUAGUCUUCACUAUGUUUUAGGUGAGAGCCACAUUGAUAGGACAGUCAAUAGGAGAGCCACUUUUACCGCAAAGUAUGAAAAGCUACAUCCAGUCAUAAAAAGCACGUCUGCUUAUUAGUCUGUCAUUCCACCCAGAACAUACAAUAUGCAAUGCAGCGAACCAAUACAUUCAAUAAAAGCAGUUUUAUCUUAAUACUGGGAUGAUGUUGUCAAACUGCAAACAAUAUUAAUGCUGAAGCUAAAAAGUAGUGUUUCACAAUUUGAGUCUGAGAAGGUUUUUUUGCCCGAGCCAAAAUCCAUGCGAUCUCAAAAGAUGCCUCAGUUAAGUUAGGUUAAGUUAGGUUGGUCGUAGUAUCCUCCAAUUUAGCGAUAUAAACUAUUUUAAUUUUUUUAGCAAAUGUCCGUAUUCGUAAGCAUGCUUAUGAUAACAUUUUUAAUAACCUUAAGUUUAUUUAUUUCUAUACUAUCUACCCGUUCAAGAGCACAUUCAUUGUAGUGCUGAUAGACCGCCAAAACUGGCAGUGAGUCAGUGUCGGCCGAGCAAGUUUAAAUAUCUUGUUUCUGGUCUAUAUUUGCAUCUUUCAUCAAUUAUUAUGAUCAAUUAUUUUAUUAU